AUGUCUUUGCUAAAGCCGGAGGAGCAGCUUGUCCAUGAGCUGAGCUGUCCCAUCUGCCUCCAGCUCUACUCUGACCCCGUGGUCCUCCCCUGCGGCCACAACUACUGCCGAGCUUGCAUCUGUAAGACCGCUGACACCACAGACAAGAGCGGGACGCUGCCACGCUGCCCAGAGUGUCGUGAGGAGUAUCAGGGUGUGGGUUCCCUUCAGAAGAACUUCAAACUCUGCAGCAUCAUCGAAGGUUACCGAGCCGCUGCACCACAGCUGGACGGGCAGUCGGACGCUGACCUCGAGGGGAUGAGGAGGGUUUUCUGCGACCACUGCAUAGAUGAGCAGACGCCGGCCGUGAAGACGUGCCUGAAGUGCGAGGUGUCGAUGUGCUCCAGGCACCUUCAGAAACACCAGGAGAGAGAGUCCUUCAGGGAGCACACUGUGGUGGAGUCCCUGAACGAGCUGGGGACGAAGGGCUGCGCCGUCCAUCGCCGUCCGCUGGAGUACUUCUGCUCCACUGACAUGACCUUGCUGUGCAUGACGUGCUUCGUAGAAGGUCACCACCUUAACCACGACGUUCUGACCUUUGGUGUGGCUGAAGAGGAGAUGAGACGAGCGCUGGAGAGCCGCAGUAAGGUGGUUUCCAGCCGACUGCAGAUGACGGAGAGUCUAUUGCAGCAGACAGCAGAGGAGCAGGGAGCUUCUGAGGCCAUAGGGGACAAGCUGGUCAACAAGGCUGUCGCUCUCAUGGACAGUAUGGCUGCUCUGAUGGACAGGUACAGGGAUCGUCUGCGUGUGCUGUUGGAGGAGGAGCGAGGCCAGCGCAGGAAAAGCUGGCAGCUCGGCGUGAAUGUGCUGGAAGAGCAACAGCAGCAGCUGCUGGAGGCCCAGAGGAGCGCCGCACAGGCCCUCACCGAGACGGACACGUGCCUCUUUAUACACAGGUUCAUGCUGAUUGAACGAAGCCUGAGAGAAGCCGUCACAGGCAACAUCGCCGCCAAGAUCCCCUCCAAGGCUCCGCUCAACACCAAGCGUCUUCAGGCAGGCCUCAAAACCCGAGACUUCAGAUCAGAAAUGACCCACCUGCUGGAGUCCCUCCACAUCCUUCUGAACCCUCUGGAGCUCACCUACAACGUCUGCACCGCCCACCCCAGCUUGUUGGUGUCCAACGACCUGCGCACGGUCAAGUACAGCUCCAGCAAGCAGCCAUAUGUGGAGCACCCGGAGCGUUUUAUGAGUGCGCCUCAGGUCCUGUGCAGUCAGGGUUUCUCGAGCGGUGAGCACAUAUGGGUGGUAGAGGUGGGGGCCAAGAGCAUGUGGUCCUUGGGCGUGUGCUACAAGAGCAUCCCUCGCCGUGGUGACCACAGCCGCCUGGGGCACAACUCCGUGUCCUGGAGGCUGCAGUGGAAGAACAACAAGCUGACGGUGUGCGAGUCCUCCUGCAACACGGCCCUCAAGGAAACCACCGUCCAUCCCACCAGGAUUGAGGUAGCGCUGGACUACGAAGGGGGGACGCUGACCUUCCACAGCACCAAAGAGCAAAGGGAGCACCUCCACACCUUCAGGGCUGUGUUCAGGGAGCCGGUUUACCCAGCGUUCAGUAUUCAUUCAAACACACCAGAGUCCUGGAUCACGCUGCACAGUGGGGUGUGAGCAACUACUAUUAAACCCGAUUCAGGACUUUUGGGGUCUUUUGGA